AUGGAGGAGGAGGGUGCAGUCGGCGAAUCGGAGGAGGAGGAGGAGGGCGCAGUCGUCGACGUUGGCGUGUCUGACUCAGAGGAGGAGUUGGAGGUGCUCCAGCAACCUAACCUGAUCCAGAAGCUCGCCGACGUUGUCAGGUUACGCAACCUCGACGGCACGGCAACGUCAUGGCUCGAGGCCAACUGGAUGUUCUUCUCGUGGGCGUUCGCGCUCUUUGGCUUCGGCGCCCUCGCGGCUCGCUUUCACUCACAUGGCCCGCACUGGUUCGGGUGGCUCGCGGUUGCCAUGUACUGCCUCCAUCAGAGCGAGGAGCACGCAUACGACGUGCGUGGGUGGCGCUACGCCUUUGUCCCGGCCAUGAACCAGGGUACUGGUUCGACGCUCUUCGGCGCGGCGUGCAACGGCGGCGAUGUCAACUGCCCUCUCGACCCAAAGCUGACGCUGUGGGUGAACACUGUCGCAAUCUGGGGUGGGUUUGGCGGCUGCAUGAUUGCUGCGACGAUUGACGCGGACCGCUUUCUCUUUGCGAGCACGCUCAACUGGGGCACCGCUGUCGUGAAUGGCUUCGGUGGCCACCUGCUGCAAGUAGUGCUGAGCGGAAGCUACAACCCAGGGAGCGUGCAAUCUGCGGUCAUGGUGCCGCUCGGCUUGUACAUUAUCUUCCACUCGCAGCGCCCAAAGCUCUGCCUGGUCUACGGCCUCGUCUUCCACAUUUUGGCCUUCGGUGUCGGCAUCAACUUGGUCCUACGCGCCGGCUUUCCCGAGACGCCGACGACCAUCGCCAUGAACUUGCUCGCGUCGCUCGUGCUGCCGCUUGCAAUCUCGGCGUUGUACGCGCGCCACCCGCCGUCGCACUACAGCGACAUGAAGCUCGUGAAGAAAGUUAGUAAGCAGUGGAAGGAGGACCUCACCGUGCUGGGGUGA